CACUUGAAAAGACUUGAGCCUUGCAAAGAGAGCUGAGUGAAUCCAUGCGAAGAGGGAGGCACAAAGCAUGUAGCUUCUCAGGUUAAUUGGUUUCAGUAAAGUAAGAGAGCAAAUUAUUCAGCAAGAAAAUUCUGCUGAAAUCUACCAAGAAAAUGUGGAACCAGGCAAGGUCUUCAGCAAGCUUGCCCCAGAGAGUGUUGAUUAAUUCAGCCUCCAUGUACUCUGAAAGGCACAGUGAUCCCUCCGAGAUCAGAUGUCUCAUGGCAGAGCCUGAUUACUUUGAUAACAACCCUGACCUCAUCAGGCCCAAGAAGCUCUUGAAUCCAGUCAAAGCCUCCAGAAGUCACCAAGAGCUGCACAGAGAGCUGCUUAUGAACCAGAAGCGAGGUUUAGGUUCUGAAAACAAACCAGAGUUACAACGAGUGCUGGAAUACAGGCGGCGAGAUCAGCUCAUUCGGCAACGGAAAGAGGAAGAAGAGGCACAGAAAAUUAAAUCUCCGUUUGAACUUCAACUCCAGAAGAGACAUCAAAGGCUGGAACAGUUGGAAAGGGAACAGGAGAGGAGUGGAGAAGAACAAGAAAAUGCUCCUGAAUUCAUCAAAGUCAAAGAAAACUUGCGGAGAACAUCCACAUUCAGUACUGAGAAGAAGGCUGGCUAGUAUAGAGAGUUCCCUUCUCAAUGGCCUUUUACUGGUUGAUAAUGCUAGGUACCAGUUCUACUUGACUGAUUUGCUAUGCCAUCACUAUAGAGUUCAUUUAAUGUUCUUGUCUUUCUUAUGAGGAAAAUGAAAACUGUUCUAUUCUGCUCUGAAUGGAUGGCCAGUCUUUUCCAGACGUUAAGAAUGUUUGUUUUGUAGGGCUCACCAAACUUGAUCAGUAGGUGAGAACAUGAAAGUACUACUUAACGUGAAUAUGCCAGUUUGAAUAAAAAGAAAUAUAACAAGAAUCCAGUGAAUCUGGACGAUGAAUUGAAAUGACAAAGUGACCUAUCAGCAUACCUUAAAUUUAUUACCCCUGACUAAAAUGGAACAUCAAGCUCAUUAUUCUUUCAUGCAUUCCAUGUAAUGAUUCAAAGCGUAAAGAAGGUGUUUCAUGGUAUUUUGCGUAAAAGAUUAUCUGCUUGUAACUGCAGCAGCAGUGAUUCUUUUUAAUGAAAUGAACUUAAAGUCAAAUAUUCCCUUUGACAGGUGAGAUUUGAUGGUGACAGUUAUUGUCAUGUGAUAUUUGACUUUUAUCUCAGAGGAAGAGCCUUUUGCUUGUGUUGAUGUUUGGUCAAACAUUUGACUGCUAUGCAUUAUUUUUUGUUACAGCUGUAUUUGAAUUAAAAUGUUGCUAAUUGAAGAUUGUUGUAAAUGCUACAUGGAUAUUGUUAAUUUUAAUCUACAAAACUUAACAGUAAAAUAAGUGGUGGCUGUUGGUAUUUUAUGGAUUGUCUGAUUAUGUAUGUAUACAGUCAACAGCUGAAAUAGCCAGAAUCUGCUGGGAAGAUUUGGAAUUGUUGACUGUUGAUAUUUUUUUAGGAAUUAAAUUUAGAUUGCACAAUACCUAACAAUCCAGAAAAUAUAUCAUAAUUUUCAAUACAUUUACUAUCUACCUAUAGUAAUAGAUGUAUAAGAUAACUCCUGUAUUGAGAAUCUUGGUGUGUUUUUUUUCUGAUAUAAUACUAUGGGAUAAAGAAAUUAAUAGGGUCUGCACAAUUAAAACUUUUAUAGUAAACAAAGGAACCACUGACCAAAACCUUUAAAACUUCGUUCUGUCUUGCUGACAGCACAUUUCAUUCUAGAAUAAUUCUAUUAAGCGCUUAUAAAUCUAUUACUAAAAGCAGAUAUAUUUUGAAGUUACCUGUACCAGAGCCUUAGAAAAUCACUAUAAUUAGCCUUACAGAAUGUGUGGGCAGCAUAGAGAAGAAUUUUGUGUAGUACAAGAAAAGCAAUGACUACUACUUUAAAGAUAAAUGCUAUGUAAACAAAAUCAAUUCACAAUUUAUUUUAUGUUCAUUCUGUCAUUUACACUUCAAAAUGCUGAUUUAUUUUAUACUUAUUAAUGUCCAGGUGUUGGAAACUGCUUACUAUAGUUAAUUAUGAAUGUAAUUCUGAAAGCUUUUAACUUCAUUUGAAAAGAUUGUCACUCUCUCAAUUUUGUUUGCCAUGUAUUCAAUUCACCUAGUACUGGAAAGAAAGAGUUUCUGGUAUUUUGUGACCAGAAUUGCAAAAAACAAUUGCAAUGUGGCUGCUAAAAUGACAAAUCAUAUUGUUUGUAAUGACAACAGCUGUCUGUAUGUUUUGUAAAUGAUGCUUUUGAAAUGUUACUGAGAAAAUGUCUACGGUUGCAUAAGUUAUACUUAUCACCACAGUAAAAUGAAUUUACACAUCUGAUUAGAUUUAGUGUUGGAUUGCACAUUCUGAAAGUUUAUUUUCUUUCACUUUUACUCAUAAUUUGAGAAAUUGUUACUUUUCUACAUGUACAUAAAAUUCAAGCUCCAGUCUGUGAAUCUGUGGUAAGAGGUAAUCAGUUUCAUUACUGAUAACAGGAGGAGAUUUUGUAUUCAGUUGGAUUGUUGCCAUCUAUAGGUUUGUGAAAUUGUAACAGCUUUGAAAUUAAAAACUGCUUAUUUUA